UUCACCUCCACCGUCUGUAUCGCUCCGUUUGAAUCUCACAUCUAUUUGCAUCCAAGACCGAAACAAAGACAUUUCCUCAUGACUUGAAGCUGUGAGACUCGUCCUCAAUCAUGACAAUGAGCUUCUUUGGAAAACUGAAGAACCUACACAGUGGGCCUCCAGCUCCGCCCAAAAGGAUAGAUAACAGCGCAGGGCUCGGCUGGCCAGAAGAUGAGUUUGAUGAAGAGGAUGGGGACAUGUACGAAGCUCCUCCCUGUGAACGUCCCGCCGUAAAAGUCCCGCCAAGACAAGUGGAAGAGAAUGUGUAUCUGGAGAGGUCGUCCAAUCCUGCGGUCCCACAGAGGAGGGCUGCUCCUCCCCCCAGGCCAGCCAAAAUGACACCAAUGGGCAAACCUAUGAAACCUCCACCUCAACAUGAUGCUGAGGAUUUCUACUUUGAUCCCAGUAACAGCAACAAACCCCCCGAGAUAGACAGAAAGGAGAAGCCUGGGAAAAGGCCGGCCCUGAAGAAAAUGGCCCCUGCUCCUGCCCGCCCUGCCCCUGCUCCAGUCCCGGCUCCCAUCCCGGCCCCUGCCUCCAACUUUGAGGAAGAUGUGUAUCUGGAUCCAAAUGAAGAUGGAGAUAACGAUGACCUGUAUCUGGAACCAACAGUUGCCUGUCCUCCUGCUCCUCGGGGGCAGAUGAGGAUGCCGCCUCCUCCCAAGACAGUGGCAGCACCCGCGCCCAUCCCCAUGAUAAAGCCUCCAGUUCCCAGGGCAAAGUCAUCAUUAUUCUCUCCCUUCCAGAGUUCACACUUCCCUGAGGUAAAAACAGCCCCGCCGUCAGAAGCAAGACGCUCCACGUUUCCUGCCAAAUUCCCUCCACCAACUCCCGGUGUUAAACCUCCUCUGCUACCAAACCUGAAGGAAGCUAAACCCAGCCCCCCGCCUCCUCCAGUUGUGGAUAGUAAGCCUGCAGCAUCUUCUAGUGGUAUGAAAGCUGCCAAACAAUCAGGAGACGAGGACAAGGAGUGGUUUGCUAAAGACUGCCAGAGAAAGACUGCUGAGGACCUCCUGCUGAGGGUCAACAAGGACGGUGCCUUCCUCAUCCGAAACAGCUCGGCCCAGAACGCCCGCCAGCCGUACACGCUGGCCGUGCUCUACCGGCAGAAGGUCUACAACAUCCCAUUCGCUCUUCCUGAGGAGACGCAAGGCUACGCCCUGGGAAAGGAGGGGAAGCAGAACGAAGAGAUUUUCGGCAGCCUGCAGGAGAUCAUCUCCCACCACACGAAUAACCAGCUGCUUCUGAUUGAUAGCAAGAGUCAGGCCAAGCACACUACGUACCUCACCCAUCCCGCUCGCCCUUAAGACUACACUACCCACAAGCCCUCUCAUGUUUGAUGUUCGCACGGUCAGAUGAGGAUGAUCGCACAGUUUCCCACUCAGACAGACUGUACAGCGCCCACCAUACUAUCAUUCCUGUAGCUGCAACCCCAUGAACUAACACGAACACGGGGUAUAACAGGUUUUAAUGUUGUAAUUACUAUAAAUGUGACGUUAAUGCCUUCCAAUCCACUGAAAAUCAGCAGAGUCACAGCAGUGUUGCUCCAAAAUGCCCUACUCUUCAUCAUUUUAUUGUUGCAAUCGCCCAAUCAUGUCACUCAGUCCAACCGUCUUUGACUAAAUUAAGAAAACAUAUCACUCUGUUGUUAUAAUAGCCAUCAGGUUUGAACGUUUCACCCUCUUGAUUGGAAAUUUACACUCUUACUUUCAGAUUUCGACACUCCCGUUAAUGGCAAGUGCAGCACCUCUGAUCAUAACUAUGGGUCUAGUGAAAUAAGAUCACGUUAUUGCAUGGCCUCUCCUAUGUAUAGCCUCAUCCAUUUCACUUUGAGCCGAUUUCUCAUUUCAGAUUGAGGUCAUGUGCGCUCAACCAUGAAGAAGAAGUUAUCAUUUUUAGUUAUGUGUCGACAGCCAGUGUAUAAAUGACUUCUAAGAUUUCCGGUUUCCUGUUAGUGGCUAAUUGAUGCUUUGUAUAUAUGUUACAGGUGUCAUUCAUUCUGGUUUGUGAUGUGUUUGCUGUUGUGUAAUGUAGAGACAGUGCUAAA